AUGCAGGGGAAACACCCUUUCCAGAUCAUAGCCAUGGAUCACAUAUCAUCCUUGCCAAAGUCGAAGAAAGGGAACACAGAACUGUUGAUAUGGGUGGAUUUAUUCACAGGCUACGUGGUCACUAAAGCUAACAACUCGAGAACCGCGCAGUCGAUUGAGGAGGCAUACGAGGAGAGUGUGUUCAGAUCUUUCGGUGCCUGGGAAGUGAUCCGCCAUGAUCGUGAGCCUGCCUUGAUGGCUGACGUCUACCGAGCGUUCAAUCGGAUCCUUGGUCAGAAGCAGAAGGCUACAGUGGCCUACAGGCCUCAAGCCAACGGCAAGGCCGAGCGAAUGGUUCAAACAGUCACACGGGCGGUCAAGAUGUACGUCCAAGACGAGGGCAAACAUGACUGGGACGAGUAUGUAGAGCGGGAUACAACUUGCUAUCUACGGCGUGGAUGGGAUCCCAAGACCACGUUAGAGGCACCACUUCAAGCGGGCAACACUGGACACCGAGAUGCGAAUCCUCGCCGAUGGAGGUACAAGAUCCAACGCCACUAUCAGCAAGGCAGAUCCGAGGUGAACGCCCGUCUGAAGAAGGCGAUCGCAGAUAGAGCAGAACAGCACAAUGAAGGAGUGGAUCCUCACCCAAUUGCGGCAGGAUCCCAGAAGUUGGCGCAUCAAUGGCAUGGCCCUUUCCGCGUGUCAGAGCUAGUGGGAGAUUACGCCGCUCGGCCGGAAACCAAGGGGACGGACUACCAUCUCUUCCCGGUGGUGCACGAGUCGAAGCUGAAGCCGGUGAAGACUUUCCCGGAUCGCCCCACGGAGGAUCUGACUGUCGAUGAGUCGAAUCACCUGGAUUUCGACGAGACCCUGUUGCCUGAAGACAGCUGGGAUCGCGAACUUGACGAUGAUGAAUAUGAGGUCGAGAGGAUCCUGGAUAUGCGUUCAGGUCGUAAGAUCCGAUAUGGACGGACUCUGCGGGAGUUCCAGGUGAAAUGGGUCGGAUAUGAUCAGCCCACCUGGGUUGACGAAGUGGAUCUGAACUGUGGUGCCCUGAUGGCGGAGUUCCUGAGAGACCGAUCCAAGAGGAACCGUUUUCAAGCGAUGCAAUCGCACGAUGAGGCGUAG